AUGAAGAAAUUCUUCAACAAGCUCGAGGCGAAAGCAGACUCGUUUACACAAGACUUUCGUGGCCAAUCGGGGGGUGGACAACAGUCCAUUCAGCAGAACCAGCCCUCAACACUUGGUCCUCCCACCCCAGAUGAUAUCUUCAGAUAUCGAUAUCAUCAUGGUACUAACUUGGGUUCUAUAUUCGUUCUCGAAAAAUGGCUUUCCGGUUCCAUGUUUCCGGAAUCAGCCAAGGGAGAAAGUGAGUUAGAUGCCGUGACAGCGAGUGUCAAAGAGAAGGGAAUCCAUGAGACGAGACAUAUUUGGGAGAAGCAUUGGAGAAGUGCCGUCAGCGAAGAUGACUGGGCGUGGCUUAAGAAUGAGGCGCGAUGCACCAGUAUCAGGUUGCCAGUUGGGUGGUGGAUAAUGGGAGGUCAGCAACUAGGUGAACGAUUGCACGGUACAGAGUGGAAGGGUUUGGAAGGUGUGUACAGUGGAGCUUGGGCAAUCGUUCGGGAAUUCGUCGCAGCAGCUCAGAAUCAUGGCAUCGGAGUUCUUCUUGACCUUCACGGACUACCCGGUGGAGCAAACGCUGAAGAUCACUCUGGAACAAGCAGUCAUAAAACUGCUCUCUGGGGAAACAAGAAGAAUCUUGAAUUGGCAAAGCAGUCUCUUCACUUCAUGGCCAAUGAAAUCCGGAAUGGUAUGCAGGGCGUCGUAGGUCUGCAAAUAGUCAACGAGUCUGUCUAUGAUGGCAAAGGGAUGUAUGAGUUCUAUUCGCAAGCUAUUGACAUAAUUGGCGGUGUUGAUGAAAGCAUUCCGAUUUAUAUCAGUGAUGGCUGGGACUUACCGCGUUGCAUUCAGUGGACCAACUCGCGACAUCCGCAUCACAACAGAAAAAGUCCUAUCGUCAUUGAUACUCAUCGGUACUUCACAUUUAGUGAUAAAGAUAGAGCUUGCAGUCCUCAAGAAAUCAUAGGCAGAAUUCCAUCAGAGCUGGGUGAGGUCAAUGCUGGAGAGUUGUGCAAUAGGGGUGAAGCACAAGUUAUAGUUGGAGAAUGGUCGAAUGUACUGGACGGUCAAACAUGGGGCCGCUCAAACCCAGGUGACAAAGACGCUUUGGUCCAUCAAUUUGGCGAAGCUCAGUCCCACCAAUGGUACCAGAAAUCCGGCGGCGGCUUCUUCUGGACUUAUAAAAUGGACUGGAUGGACGGCGGUGAAUGGGGUUUCGUCGAGCAAACCAAGAAAUCGAACAUUUUCGUUCCCCAAUUUCUGUCUCUACCACCUCAAGAUAUUCAAGGACGACUCCAGCAUGCACACCAAAAAAGAGUGGAGAUGUGCGAUCAAGCUAGUAGUGGCCAUUGCAAUUACUGGAAUAGUACUUCACCCAAAGAACAUUUUGAACAUCACUUAUAUACCGAAGGAUGGAAUGUGGGGUUCUCGGAUGCGGCAGUAUUCUAUGGUGCGAGGGUUGAGGGGAAGAUUAAUGGGAGUAGCGGAGGCGGGGAUAAGAUUGGUUGUCUGGAAAUCUGGGUCAAGAAGAGACUUCUUGAGAGUGGGCAGAGAGGGAAGUAUAGUUGGGAGUGGGAGCAAGGGUUCAGAGCUGGUGUUAAAGGGUUUGAGGAAUGUGUUGGUAUGUGA